AUGGAAAAGAAAACGACCUUGACUGGUGUGGCUCCGAUAAAAGAAACGCCUUCCCAGACAUCAUGCGUAGCGGAUUCGCAGUCUUACCACCUGUUGAACAAAUGCUUUAUUUUCCCUAACCUCGAUCAAGAAGACUGGUGGAAUCGAACGGGCCCAGUUUUGGGGAAACUGCUUGCGGACGCGAAAUAUGAUGUUCAACACCAAUUUCAAUACAUGUGCUUUUACGCCCUGAAUGUCAUCCCCUUACUUGGCCCCUUUAAGCCCUCACGAACCCCAGGAGGUUACGAGUCAACUAUAGGAUCACGCAUCGGACCGCUUGAACUCAGUCAGAAUUUCACCAGGGAGCGAUGCAUAGUUCGAAUGAAUUUUGAAGCUACGAACCAAGCUGCAAACAGUGGCCGCGACCAAACCAACAGAACAGCUUUGGAUGAAGCCGUGGCUAAAUUCAAGUUGCUGGGGAUUGGGAUGAAUUCAGAUCUUUACCACGCAUUGCGCAAUGCGUUCCUGGUGACCGACGAAGAGGAGAAACUAGCGGCGAAAGAGAUGGACCUUCGAAAUUACCCAUGCAAAACUCAGCAUAACAUGUCAUUGGACUUCAAAGACGGCAACAUAAUGGCAAAGUUGUAUCUGUACCCACGCCUGAAAUCUAUGGUUACAAACAAACCCAAGGAAGAUAUAAUACUGGAUGCAGUGCGACAGGUAGUUGGGGGCACUUGUGACCAUUCCCUGGAAAUGAUAGAGAAGUUUUUCAAAACACUACCUCCAAGCAUGGAUGUCGAGCUUCUGUCUUGCGACCUCAUCGAUCCCAAGAAGAGCAGGUUCAAGAUAUAUGUUUUCGACCUUCAAGUUGAUUUUGAGAGUCUUACACGGAUUUGGACGAUCGGCGGACAGCUUAACGACCCAGAGACCCUCAAUGGGUUGUCCUUGCUGAAGGAGUUGUGGGAGGCUUUGAAUAUUCCUGCGGGAACGCGGAAGAUGCCUGACCGAGUGAACAGAGAAGGAGACCCCCCAGACCGAGUCCCUGUGUGCGCUAAUUAUGAAAUUUUGCCGGGAAAAAAAUGGCCGCAGCCGAAAAUUUACCUUCCAACUCUAGGUAUUAGUGAUAAGGUAAUAGCUGAUGGCCUCACCAACUUUUUUGGGAAACACGGAUACACGGAGCUGGCGAAAUCCUAUAGCCAACAGAUAUCGUCACUCAUUCCGAUGUAUAUGCCUGGAUCUGAGAUCGAGGCCAGUACCGACUUUCAAGCUUGGGUGUCGUUCGCUUACACUGAGAAGACCGGUCCAUACACGACAAUAUACUACCAUUAG